AUGCGGAUAGAAAACUUUGCCGGAGGAGAGUGCAAGGGGUUCUUUUCUGAGGCCGAGGCGGAAGAGUACAUUUACAAUCUACGCCGCACCGCCAUCGCCGAAGACGCCGGACAGAUCGGGAUCAAAGCCAAGGAGGAAAAGCCCGUUGAAGCCAGCGCAAGGGUAUUUUACGCUGUUUAUAAGGGCCGUCAAACUGGUGUUUUCACAUCUUGGGCCGAAGCGAGUGAACAAAUCAACGGGUUUUCAGGGAAUUGUCAUAAAAAAUUCAAGACAGAGGAGGACGCACGGCGAUUCAUCGAUGGCGCGUGUGCAUCGAAGGGUGGGGGGAGGAUUCCAGACGUGUUCAGGAAUAUACCAGCAAAGAACGUCCCACGAAGGGAUGAAGGUGGUGGCGACCAGAGAGAUUUGUCCACGAUAUUCAUUCAACUCAAUCUUCAGUCCGUGUAG